AAAAAAAGUCAGGGGUAAGGAUGGCUUUUAAAGGAUUCCCUGUUCCCAUUAACAGAUUCAAUUCUCAAUAUCCUUUCCUCCAUGUGAGACUUUUUUGCCCAAUAUUCUGCUUUCAGCACCUAGAAUAGAGCUCGACAUGUGCUAGGCACUCGAUGAGUAUUUGUCCCAUUACCUUUGUUGGAAACUUACCCAAGAAGUAGCUCUAAGAGCAGCCGGUGAAGAUUCUGUGAGAGCCAGCCACUCUCUUCCCCGAGAGAGAAGCAGUUGUUCAGGCUCAUCAGGAAUGGUGCAGCAAAGUCUUCUCUGUCCCCGGCUGUCCUCAGUCUUCCAGCACACCUUCCCGGCUGGAGCCAACCAUGGGUUGUAGACCUGAGAACUACUACCUCCACAAUUGUGGGGUCCUUUCUUAGAAAAGACGCUUGUUUGUCCAUAAGGUAACUAGCCAGUCAAGACUACACAGGUCAUACAUUUUUGGGAAGCUUUUCUAAUUACAGUCACUAUACCAAAUCUACCAAAGGUGGUUUCAUGAGUAAUGACUGCCUGAGGCUACCAUCUUAAACUGGUAAGCCCUUAGAAAAUGCCCCGGGCUGGUCAUUAAUACUCAUGUAGAGACCCUCAUUCCCCUGAAUAUUUGCAAUCUGGUUUUCAGCUGCUCAAGAGCUAUGUUCAUUUCAUCCAGUAGAAUUUGGGGAGGGGGGCAGACGCCACACAGGAAUCUGCUCCAGCUACCCAAGCUAACCUACCUGUGGCUAGAGCUCCUUUGCUUGUUCGUUGGCACGCGCCGGCGCCAGCGCACCCCCCUCCCCAAGACUUUGCCCAAAUCCUUCCAAACAAGGUUCCCGCCUGCCACCUGCCGGCCCACCAGGGUCUGCGCCACCGGCUCCGCACCACAGCUCAGCUCGCGGGGAGGUGGCCCCCACCUCCCUACUGCACAUGCCCGGCAGAAGUCCGGGCGCGCAACUUCACAGGACCUCACCGCCCCAUCUUUCCCCGCCUCAGUCUCCUCUCUCCUCUCCCAGGCGAGAGGACCAGCGGAGGCACCUCUCCCGAGUCUUAGACUGCGGAGUCUAAGACUUAGCGAGAGGAGCCCCGGAGGAGGGAGAUCAUUUCUCUCCUUUUCCCAUCCCUCUUUGGGGGGCCUUGGAGAGGCAAGCAGACGCGCGGAGCCUUAGAAAGUUCUUGAGUGGUCAGAAAGGUAGGUGCGUGCUUUUUUCUCCUGACACGGAGUGGGACUGGGACCCUUGGACCCAGCUUCUCACUUCGUAAGGUGAACCUUUUUCGGCUCCAGCAGCCAAUGCACCUUGGAGCCACUCUCUGCAGAGCCAGAGGGCGGGUCGGCUUCUCGGUGCGUGCCUAAGAGGAUGGAUCGGAGGUCCCGAGCUCAGCAGUGGCGCCGAGCUCGCCAUAAUUACAACGAUCUGUGCCCGCCGAUAGGCCGCCGGGCAGCCGCCGCGCUCCUCUGGCUCUCCUGUUCUAUUGCGCUCCUCCGCGCCCUUGCCGCCUCCAACGCCCGUGCCCAGCAGCGAGCGGCUGCCGGGCAGCGCCGGAGCUUCCUUAACGCCCACCAUCGCUCCAGCGCCCAGGUACUCCCCGAGUCCCCCGAAUCCGAGUCUGACCACGAGUACGAGGAGGGAGACCUCGAGCCGUCCCUUCCUGAGUGCCUAGAGUACGAGGAAGAGUUUGAUUACGAGACGGAGAUCGAGACCGAGACGGAAACCGAGUCCGAAAUCGAGUCCGAGACCGACUACGAGACCGAGCCUGAAACCGCCCCUGCCACUGAGCCUGAGACCGAGCCGGAAGACGAGCGCGGCCCCCUGGUGCCCAAGGGCUCCACCUUCAACCAGUCUCUCACCCAGCGUCUGCACGCUCUGAAGUUGCAGAGCCCCGACGCCUCCUCGAGUCUCGCACAGCCCACCACUCAGGAGCUCUACAGCUCCAGCGAGGGGGAGGAGUCCGAGCCCGAGGAGAAGGAUCAGAAGGACCCCGAAGAGCCCGAGGAGCCCAAGCAGAAGAAGCAGCGCCGCUGCAAGCCAAAAAAGCCCACCCGCCGCGACAGAUCCCCGGAGUCCCCUUCCAAAAGGGGACCCAUCCCCAUCCGGCGUCACUAAUGGAGGACGCCGUCCAGAUUCUCCUUGUUUUCAUGGACUCAGGUGCUGGAGAAUCUGGUAAAAGCACCAUUGUGAAGCAGAUGAGGAUCCUGCAUGUUAAUGGGUUUAAUGGAGAGGGCGGCGAAGAGGACCCGCAGGCUGCAAGGAGCAACAGCGAUGGAAUAUAUUAUCCCUAGAUGAUGGCUACAGUUUCUCAUCUUCCCGACUAUGUCCUAUCACAAUUUGCAUGCUGGAAUCGCUUGGUCUUAGGAUCUUCUAAUAAGAAUACUAUUCUGUUGUCUGGGGGGGAGGGGGGAUGGGCCCCUACCUAUCACCUCACCUUUAAAAAUAACUAAAAAAAAAUCCUUAAUUGGCAUAAAUGUAGUAGAAUAAUAGUCAAAAGGCAUCUCUAUAAAAAGUGACUAAUUGAUAAUCAUCUGUACCAGAAGUUGGCAUCUGAGGACUAAGAUACCCUAUUGAGCAACCCUACUGUGUACUAGAUGUUGUGCUAAACCCUUGAACCCUACUAAUACCUCGCCUGCACGCCUCUGUGAUUCUGUUCUACAAGUAAAUACAAGUAUUAACAUUCCUGAUAAAUAAAAAUUCUCUGCAUGUCUCAGCA